AUGAGCAGCUAUAGCAGUCGACCAUCGGCAGGACCAGGACCAGGACCAGGGAUGCCUCCUCCUCCUCCGCCACCACCUCCACCGCGUCAUGGUCACCCAAACGACAAGAAUAUGGCGCCGUACGGUCCUCCUCAUCCGGCAGCCAUGCAUCCGAUGAUGCCUUUUCAUCCCCACAUGCAUGGACCUUACGGUCCUCCUCCGCCUCAUUACAUGGGGAUGCCCUAUGGUCCGCCUCAGCCGCCCCCACCACCUCCCCCGCCGCUAACGGGUCAAGUGGCUCCUUCCGCCAAAGGAGCUGCUCCUCCUCCAAAGGACGAGAGUGGUGAGAAGAAAGAGGGCGAGAAGAAAGAGGACAAAGCGCCUGCCAAGGCCAAGGAGGAGACGCCAACAACCACCACCACAACAACAACCAGCGAGGAAGACAAGAAGGAAGAGAAGAAACCUGACAAUGCUGCCGAAGACAAGAAGCCACAGGAAGGCUUGCAGCUUCUUGCUAGUCUGGCCAUGCCCGAUAAGAAGGACGAUAAGAAGGAGGGAUCCGAAAAGAUUGUUCCUGAACCUGGCAAUGUCGCUGCGGCUGCCGCUGCGGCUGCUGCCCAGCUUCACGCCAACGCCGAAGCGGCCGGAAUUGCGAUUGUGCAAAUGGAUGGACCUACUACCAGCAAGAAACCGCGCAAAAAGACUCGCAUGGAAGAGAUGGCACCCAAGGAAAAGCUAUUUGUGGAAAAGGUUCGGGACUGUGAUGUCCUUUGUGGCCGUGGCGGAAAAUCCAAUCACCAUCCGGGAAACAAGCGGUAUCGGCAGGUCGUCAGCGAAAUGAAGAGGACUUAUCAAAGCACCGGUGCCAAGACUGCCAAAACCGACUUGAGCCGAGCCAUUGUCGAACAUGUCGUUAGCUAUGGUGGUCGCUUCAUCAAACGAGAUGAAGCCACCGGCCAGUACUUUCUCCUGACAAAGGCACAAGCGCGAAGGAAGACCAGCCAAGCCCUGAGAGAAACUAAAGAGCUAAAGUGGACCAUGUAG